AUAUUUUUGUUCGUCCGAUGUCUCCUAGUCCCGAAACGUAACCCUAGGGCGACGAGGGGAGGUGAAUCAGAGGCGGAGGAAGAAGACGACGACGGGUAAGGACCGAAUCAUCGGAGAAGAAGGAGGGAGAAGAAGGAGGAGGAGGGGGGAGGAAGGUAGCCAUGGAGGCGCUGCGGAAGCAAUUGGACGUGCUGAUGGGGGCCAAUAGAAAUGGUGAUGUUAGGGAGGUGAAUCGCAAGUAUUAUGACCGAGACGUUUGCCGCCUCUUCCUCGUCGGCCUCUGCCCUCACGAGCUUUUCCAAUUGACUAAAAUGGAUUUAGGCCCUUGUCCAAAGGUGCAUUCUUUGCAGUUAAGGAAAGAGUAUGAGGAAGCUAGGAAGAAGGGUGUUGAUAAUUAUGAAAGAGAUCUAGAAGAUGUAAUUGAGAGGCUUAUCCUUGAGUGUGAUAGGAAAAUUUCAAGGGCGCUUAAGCGUCUUGAAGAUGAUGAUGCAAAGGCUGCAAUAGCAAUAUCUGUCUCUGACGUCACUCAGACGCCUGAGGUGCUCGAGCUGUCAAAGCAGAUUAAGGAAAAGCUGAAAGAAGCUGAUGCUUUUGAUUUGGAAGGGAAAACUGACAGUAAGAUAAGAGCUUUGGAAGUAGUGGAAGAGCUCAGAACCAAAAGAGCUGACAAGCAGUCUAUGCUUUUAUUGGAUGCCUUUAAUAAAGACAGAGCCUCACUACCACAGCCUCUUGCAAAUCCUCCAAGUCUUGCCCCAUUGCCUAUACCUCCUCCAGAUGCUCGUACUCAAGAAAUGAUAAAUGAGAAGCUGAAGAAGGCAGAGGAUCUUGGUGAGCAAGGAAUGGUGGAUGAGGCACAAAAAGCGUUGGAAGAGGCUGAGGCUCUGAAGAAGCUGGGUGCAAGGCAAGAGCCUGUACUUGACACAUCAAAUACAAAAUACACUGCUGCUGAUGUUCGCAUUACUGAUCAGAAGUUACGUGUCUGUGACAUAUGUGGAGCAUUUUUGAGUGUUUAUGACAGUGAUCGUCGUUUGGCUGAUCAUUUUGGUGGAAAGCUUCAUCUUGGGUACAUGCAAAUCCGGGAGAAGUUAGCGGAACUUAAAGAAGAGAGAACCAAAGCUCGAAAGCCAGACCGAGUCGAUGACGAUAGAAGAUCAAAAGAUCGAAGCGGAGAUCGUGACAGAGCCACAAGCAAGGAUCGUGAUCGUGAAAGGGAUGAGCAUGGUGAUAAUAAGGAAAGGAGCAGGGAUUAUGAUCGCCGAAGCAGGGAUCAUGAUCGUUAUUAUGAUCGUGAACGGAGCUAUGAUAGGGACCGGGGCAGAGAAUCAGAACGAUCUCGUAAUUAUGAUUCUAGAAGUCGUAGAAGGUCUCGUUCUAGAUCAAAGGAAUACUCGCGGGACUAUGAUCGUGAUAGAAGUGAUCGUCACAGACGCCAUGACAGACAUUAGCUUGCUUCGUCAGUUUGGAGUUGAUUUCGAGAGUGUGAAGAUGCCUGGUUUUCCAUGGGUCGGAGUUUUUGAUCCCUGCUGGAGGAGGUAGCUGUUUCUAAUGAAAUGCCUAGUGGGUACACUUGCCUUUCGUCUCUUCUGCACUUAUAAGAAUAUCUUGCCACAUCAAAGGUACAAGAACUGUGUAACACACUGCUCUAAACAAUCUGUAAGGAUUUUUUUCCCCUUUCUUUUUAAGGGUACUCAGAUCACUUUGGAUGUACGUGCACUUGUUUUCUGGCUACAUGAGAAAGCAGUUCCAACUCUAGUUAGCAGUUUCACUCUAGUUAGUCCUGCUGUUCGGUGUGGUUCUUUUGAGCUUGUAGGUGUAUCUACUGGGUUUAUAUGCAGAUAUAUAACAAGAGUGCAUGCCAUGAUUGCA